AUGGCUGGAAGGAGAGGGAAUUCACCAGAAAAACGAUCCAAGAAUCUGUGGAUAAAGCAGGCAGUGGCAUAUGCUGAAGCAUAUGCUUCCCCUUCAGCUCACUAUAAAUAUGCCUCUAGGAGCUGUCGCACUUGGGCAUCUCUUCUUUGGCACACACUCGAGUCUCCCAACAUCAACCUAAUCGGUUUGUGUAUGCGGUUUCAUUUCUCGACGCGCCAAAGGAGAGUUGCCCUGCAACUCAUCUUGCUUAUUGGAACAUCGCAGCAGGCACCACCAUCUUCAUGUGAUUAA